UUUAGCUCAAGCCAGUUUCCCAGCUUCGAGUGCUGUGGAAAUGGUCAACUCGAAGAAAGACUGCCUGUAAUAUGGUGACCGUUCAAGAUCAUGCCUAAAGAUGACAAGACGUAGCGACAGUCGCCCUAGGCGUGGUCGAUCUAACAGCUCUUCACCAACAGGCCCAAGACAAACCAAAUCCAGGCGCAGAAAUGCAAAUCAGACAUCAGAAAGCCCGGCCCCUGUUCCUGAGGAGUCUCCUGUUCAGGAAAACAGCACUGAAGUAGACACAAAAGUCAAAGACGAACAAAUGGAGCAGACGGCCAAACGCCAAAGUCAAAGGAAUGCUGGCAAAGAUUCUGAGGCAAAGAAGCCAACUCCUGCAGCAAGUCUUAAAAGUACACGCACUCCUCGGGCUGGGAAGAAAGUUGGUACGGAGCUUGAUCAGGAGGCAGCUUCUGAAAUGCCGAAGCCGUCGUCUUCUGUGUCAUUGGCCACCAGCUUGCCUGUCACCCCCAGCAACAUGCCCAAACCAGAGCCCAUGGAUACCCCUGGCGAUUCAGGUAUCGAGAAGUCUCCAACUGAGCUGCAGGUUGUGAGAGCAAUAGCCAAGCCUCCCAAAAAACGUAAAGCAAAUGAUAUUGAACCAGAACUUGUGGUGUCUCCUCCACCCAAACGACCUGCUAUAGACUUAAAUGAAUGGAAGAAUCAACGUGUUCUUGCAAAAAGAGAGACUGUGUUCCAGCCAGGUGUUGUGAAACAGAUUCGCCAGAAUCGACACAUUGGAAUUUGUUUUGAUGAUAAAACUUUAAUCUAUUACAACGAUAUCUUGAAUGCCCCAUUGUGUGACAUCAUAUCAGACAACUCCCCAAUGGGGAUGCUGGUUUCCAUAGGAACAAAAGUGUGUGUGAGAAUCAGUUCUGAAGAAAAUGUAUUCUAUGAAGGUUUUGUGAUGGAGAAAAAAAAUGCACCUGUUAUGUAUAAAAUACACUUGGAUAACAAACCUGAGAACAAGCCCGAAGACUGCUGGGUGACUCGAGCCAAUAUCCGGCUUCUCCAGCCUCCAUGGUACGAGGAUAUGGAGGACACCUUCUCUGAGCCGGAACACAUGUAUCAACCCAUCCCUGGUGGAGGAGUCUAUAGACUAGAGAGACCGCUUCAAGUGUUGCAAGUAUUGCAAGCUUUGAUAAAAAAUGACUCAUCUGAAGAUGAAAUGACGGCAGAGAAUCUGAGCUUUGACUCUUCUGGAAUGAGUACUCCUCGAUCGGGCAGUGCAACACCAGGUGCUCGUUCUCAGAAUGGACGCGAACGCAAUAAGCAGCCUCCUAAAAAGCGUGAAUCUGCUCGCAGUCGGAGUGCCCAAUCUACAGAAAGUAGUCGGUCGAGUACUCCUCGAUCUCCUCUGACUACAAAAUACAAGAAAGGUGAUGUUGUGUCCACUCCCAAUGGAAUACGAAAAAAAUUCAAUGGAAAGCAAUGGAGACGGUUGUGCUCUAAAGAAGGGUGUACAAAAGAGUCUCAGAGGCGGGGUUUCUGUUCAAGACAUUUAUCACUGAAAGGCAAAAGCCUUCGUCAAGCUCCAACUUUUCCAGGGUGUCGGAAAGGAGAGAUGAAAGAGGGUCAGAUUCAAUGGACGGACCAGUCGAGAGAAGGUGAAUUAGAACACGAUAGACUGCAUCAGCAUCAGUUUGAUAUGGAUGAGAAGGAGGCAGCCAAUAUGUUAGUCUCAUUGGGAAACUCCCGAUCAACAACGCCAGCCUUCUCUCCAACGCCACAGACACCCAUCUCGCCCCGUUUGUCGGCCCAAUCACCCCCAGGGUCAGCCAUUUAUAGAAGUGGGUCAACAUCCUUCACCCCUAUCUCCCCGCACACGAAUCCCCAGAACCCUGGCUUCAUCACCUCGCCCUCCCGAUCAUGGAGUGCUGGCACCUCCAAGUCCAGCACCUCAUCCGAACAUGUAUCCCCGGUCACUCCCAGAUUUCCUCCAUCUUCAGGUGGCCCUUCAGCCUUCCAGCCCAAGAUUAAUGUCAUUGACCCGAAUGUUUUACCCAAACCCAGGAGUCUGACCAUUGCUGCAAGACAAGACUCCAUUGUGAAUGAAGAGUCCGGAAUCGAGAUUCAACCCCCAAAGACACCAGAGCUGCAUUCUGCACAUACUUCACAUACAAGACAAAACUUGUAUCCAACUGGAGCAUGUUCCAUUCUCACCUCAACAAUACAGCAGCGUCUUGCUGCCCACAAUGCUGAGAUGGCCCGGGAAACAGCUUUUGUGACAGUGUCUCAGCAGCAGGCCCACGCAGGGAGGGAACAGAGAGCAUAUUCUGAGACUGGAGUCAGGAACUAUUCUGGUCUGGUUUCAGGAAAGAGUCACUCCAUGGACCAUGUGACUGAUAGACAUGUUGCCAUAUUGCCUGACCAUAUCAAUGGUGGGAGACUGCCUCGACCUUCGCACCAGGAAUAUGAACAACAGAUGCAUCACGGGAUGCAGGAACGUGUCCUUGAUGCACAUUCUAAUGUUCCAAUGGAACUGACCAGUCGGGCGAGUGUGAGUGUGGCCCGUAACACCCUUUCUCAGAAUACGGUUGUUAGCCAAGCACAUACCGGCCUGCAACAACAGCUCCAUCAAGCUACACAAAAUACUGCUCAACAGCAGGCUUCAAGUUACCACUCUGGAGCUGUACAUCCAACAGCAUCAACGCUGUUGCCAGUGUUACCAGUGAAUGACCAUCCAAAGGAGGCCGCCCCAGCAGAGCGAACCAAUCAUAUGAGGGACGACCAUUCAGAAACAUCUCGGAAUGAGAUCCGUGUAUACCCUUGGCACUCACUCGUUCCUUUUCUGACCAAUACGGGACCAGCUGUUCCAGCAACCCCCCCCAAUGGAGCAAGUCACUCACCCCCUCAGCCAGCCACUCCACCCCCUGUUGUCAGCAAACAGGAACCUCCUCAAACAACGCAAGGAGUCGGGGAAACUUCUUUCAAGGUGGAUGAUGACAUUGAUGAGGAUGAUGACGAUGUAUUUGAACCUGCACCAACUGAUUCACCAAAGAAGUCGAAUGCCAGGUCCCCAACCAAGAGGCGAACACAGUCCCUGAGUGCUCUGAAGGACAAGGAGGAGCCGCGGAGCCCACGCAAGUCUCGGGACAAAGACCACAUCCGCCGGCCGAUGAAUGCCUUCAUGAUCUUCAGCAAGCGGCAUCGAGCUCUGGUUCACCAGCGCCAUCCUAACCAGGACAACCGCACAGUCAGCAAGAUCCUCGGGGAGUGGUGGUAUGCCCUCGGGCCCAAGGAGAAGCAGAAGUAUCAUGAUCUUGCAUCACAGGUGAAAGAGGCCCACUUCAAGGCCCAUCCUGACUGGAAGUGGUGUUCCAAAGACAGAAAGCGGUCAAGUACAAUUGCAGCAACAUUGAAGCAAAGGGGAGGUAACCGACGUCUGAGUUCAACUGAUGACCUGUCUGAAGCAGUUGGGGACAUAGAUGACAAGCUGGACCCAGAGGUGCUGGACCUGGAGGAGCUCGAUGCAGUCAGCAGUCUGGAACCUGAGUCCUCCAUGCCUCUUCCCCAAGGAGCCAUCAGCAGCUUAAUGAAACAGAGAUCUCUCAGCUUCUCAGCUGUGCCACAGGACGAGGUCCGUGGCUUCCUGCCUCCUACCUGCAAGUCCUACCAGCAGCCAGAGACCAUGGCAGUGGAAUCGGGGGGCAUCUCAGUGGGCAGACCACAUCAGCUGUACCAGCAACCAGGCUCUUCCAGCAAACCCCCUCGCACCACUGUACCAUUUCAUGAUGGCCCUUCCACACACACCUCGCAGCCAUCCCAGAUGACCCAGCAGCAUUACAACUUCACGCAGGAACAGGUGCGGCAGUUUCAUCGCAGCCUGGGCUCAAAGGGGGAUGAUGAUGACAGCGAUGAUGAGAAGAUGGUUAUAUGUGAGGACGAAGGUGGCGGCAAUGCUGGUGGUGAGAUGGGCGGAAUUGACCUCAACUGUAAGGAGCAUGUGUCUGACAGCGAGACAGACAGUCAGACAGAGGAAGACACACUCAUCGAGAACAAGGCCUUCCCCCAACAGCGCUUCUCCCCAGUCAUGAAGAACAUCACCCCUGCAGACAUUGCUUACCGUCCCAAACCCAUCCGUCGCAUGCCCGAUCCUCAGAUGGAGAUGGAUGUGAGCUUCCCCAUCAACAAGCAGCUGGCUGAAGGGCUGCUUAUGCCAAGACCCUCAAGCACAGGCUCCAGCUUUCAGCCAAAGGGAGCCGUGUUUAAAGCCAAGUCUCGUGAUGGCCGACUUAUGUCGGCCAGUUCUCUGGACAUACUCACUGAAGCCCGUGAGGACGACGGGGGCAUGUACAGCUCUAGUUCGCGUAUGCCUGGCACACAGCAGCAGACUGUCAAGCUUGGUCAGAUGAAAAUCCACAACAUCACCAUGACCCAGGACAAGCAGCAGCUGAUUGUGUCCUCCAACAUGCAGACCACUCUCGGCAAGCAGAACGGGCGGGGUCCAGUGAUGGGGAAGAUGACGCAGAAGUCCCGAGCUGCGAAACCCGUGCCUCAGAGUCCUCUUUCAUAUUCUCCAAGCCAGGCAUCUCCCGUGUCCUCACAUCAUGCCACACGGCCGCCCAUGGCCAGUACUGUCCAGUUUCCCUCCACACCGCAGGUGAUGGUAACUCAUGCAGGGCAUGUUGGUGGAAGUGUGGCACCAACCUUUUCCACAACGGACAAACCCAUCACAACUCCCAUCCCCAUUGCCUCAAAGCCUAUUCACAAUCUACCGCAGACAACAUCAUCUAAAACUGCCUCUGUUAACAAUGUAUGUAUCCCCCAACAGACUCUCUUGACCAGCAACAAUUCUAAUGGCAGCAUGAAAAACGUGAGCACAAUUCUGUUACAGAGCAUUCCAAGCAGCCCCUAUGGUAUGACAAUUCUCAACUCCCCAGCUGUUAGUGCUGUCACAGCAAAUAAACUCAACAAUAGUGCUAGUGUGCAGACUUCGGUCAACUCAGGUGGAUAUGUUACAACAUUACGCAACAUCGCGCCUCCCCAGAGCGUGCAGCAGCAGCCGCAGCAGCAAGUGCAGAACCUGGCCUCUCCAGCGUUGCUGACUAAUGUGGUACUGAAGACGAACCAGUCAAGUCCUGGCACUGCCACCAUGGCCAUCCAGCAGCCCCAGACACCCACACAGCCCACCCUGCAACCCACGCACGUCCAGUACAUCCUACCGUCAGUCCGAGUCCAGCCUGCUCCCCUUGGGGGCAAGGUACAGAAUGUUCUGCAGAUGGCGCUGCCAGGAGGUGCUGUGCAGCAGAACAUUGUUGCUGUGGCCAGCAAUAAUGUGGCCCAGCCUGCACAGGUUCAGACCAGUAACUUCCAGAUCAGCACAGCACCUGGAGGACUUCGAAUGACAAACUCUCCUCAAAACAAGAUGUUGCCACAGCAACAAACACAGACUUUGAUGGCAGCACCCAAACAGCACCCUCAGCAAACAAAGGCUGUUGCCAUGGUUACACAACUCGUGACUGUGAAUCCGUCGCCAGCAGUGCUGGCCACAUCCCCGCAUCACGUACAGCUGGGUCAGCCCGUAGUGUCCCUCACUGUGCCACAUCCCUCGGUGCAGCAUCAGAUGCAGCCCACACAGUCGCAGAGUGUCAUAUCACAACAACUACAGCAACAGCAACAGCAGCAGCAGCAGCAACAACAGCGUAUUCUCUUGCCUUCUACACAGAAAAUUGCGUACGUCCAGCAAGGGACGGGCCUAGCCGUGCCUGUGGCAACAACUCCCCCAGGAAACAAAACUGAGGUGUCCCAUGCGUACAUCCCUGCCUAUGUUGGCUCUGUGCCUCAAGUGAACCAGAGCACCGUACAACAGGUCCUGAUUCAACCACAAGCAGUCCGAUCUCCAUCACUGGCCACCAGUCCAGCACCUGCUGCCCAGCCAAACAUUGCCCCCAAACCUCAGCUGUCUGCGCACAAGACACAGCAGAGCCCACCACAGGCUCAGAGUCCCAUGUAUUACGGUGUGAUGAAUGUGCGGUCUUCCAGCUACAUCACUUUCCCCACAGAUGGGAAGGGAGAGAUAGGCUACAUCAGCAACCCUAACUUCCAGACUCGACCUACUAAGGUGAAGGCCACCCUUGCCAGCAUCCCCGUUGCCACGGAGAGUCUGCAGAGACCACCGGUCUCUCAAGGUCGCCAGGUGUCGGUCAGCUCUCCACGCCCCUCCCCCUCCCCAGGAUAUCACCUGUCUCCUAGUCCUGGUACCCCAAUACACUGCAGCCCUGCCCCUUCCCCUACCCCCAUCCACAGACCACCUCCACCCCCACAGCCUGUCAUGACGCAGGUAGAGACUCAGCCGCCACCACCACCUCCUCAGCCUCUGCAGUCAGCCAUGAGCCAGGGGCGGACAACUGUGGACACCCGUGAGGUCACAUUCAGCUUUGAUGUAAUGAAGGACUCGGACAGUGGGGAGAAACCACAACGGGCCUGUAAGGGGAAGAAAUACAGUCAGCUUCGCGAGUCUGAGAUGAGGGUGAAGAGGAAGAAGCCGAGCCCCCUGUCUGACGUCCAUGAAGACCAGGGGAUGCUGUCACAAGAGUCCUCCCCCAACAGAGACCAGGGUGAGGGGGAUCACCCAUUGAUGGAAGCCAUGUCUGAGACACAGUCCAGUCCUGCGCCAUCAGCAGCAUCAGCAGCAGCAGCAGCAUCACCGGAAACACCGUCACAGCCCAAAGCCAAGCACAAGCCCCCACCUCUGUCCGUCCCUCCACAUGUACUGCAGACCUCCAGCGCCCCGAUGCCUUCACCCAGUCUCAACAGCCCACGCAGGAGCUUCUUCAAGAAGACGGUGGAUGAUGGCAUGGACAAGGUGCUGGAAACCGUCAACUUCGAGAGGAAGUUUGAAUCCCUUCCUCAGUUUGUGCCUGAAGAGACCGAGUCGAAGACUCCCAUCCCCCAGAGUCCCAGGGCGAUCAUCAAUGUCUACAGGAAGAGGAGGAAGGUCUCCGGACUGGUCAAAGGGGACAUUGGGGAGACUGACAGUAACAAGUUCUCCAGCGAGUCCGAGACGACCACACCCAAGACUCCUCACAGUGCCAGAUUUGAAGACACCAAAUUCUUUGGGUCCAACUUUAAUCUUGAAGCUUUAAAAGAUCCAGAUUUUGUGAACAAAAUGAGUUUGUUGGAAUAUGAGGAUUUGAACUCCCCUCGCACUCCGAAGACUCCGAGUUCCCCGGGUGCGUUCUCCAACCGCCGAUUGCUGGACCAGAGACGACAGCUUGUCAUGCAGCUGUUUGAGGAACAAGGGCUGUUUCCUACCGCACAAGCAACAGCCGGCUUUCAGUCCAAGCACCAAGACAUCUUCCCCACUAAAGUAUGUCUCCAACUGAAGAUCCGUGAAGUCCGACAGAAAAUGAUGGCUCAGUCUGCUGCAGCUACGAAGGAUUUUGAGGAGGGCCACGGCCCCCUGACCCCCAACGCCCUGGAGGCCCAGUACCUGGCUGCUGUAGCAGCCUCCUCCACGGCCACCACCUCCAGCUCGGCCACCGCCACCGGACCCAACCCUGUGUCCAGCACCGGCCAGAUGUACCCCCCAAACACCCACCCCUGAAGCCAGCAGGGAUGAGCCACGCCUCACCAAGCCUCCUCGGGGGAAACUAGAUUUUAACACUGGGAAAUGUUUGUUUGCUCAAACCCAAAAUUGUAAAAUCUAUUUUUGACUUUUAUGAGUGAGAGAACUGCUUUGAAGUCAGACUGAUUUGAGAGGAUUAUCAACUGGGUCUGCUUGUCAGUUGACUGGUUUGAUGGUGUUAGAUCAGAUUUGCCUUUCUGAAAGGGAAGGUAUAGUGUAUAUCAACGAACAUUUGAAACAAAUUAUGUCCAACUUUUUAGAUGGAACAUUUUGUUUGAUAAGGUGAAUGCAUGUGUUAGAGAGAGUUGAAAUGUAUUUGGAAAAGUGCGAAACAUUUUACGCAUUUUAGUUUGGUUGUUGCUUCAUCUGUUCGACUAGGUUCUGUUGCACUUGUUGGUGAAACAUGAUUUCACAGUGACAUUCUUCAGGCCGUUUUACCAUAGAAGGGAAAGAAGAAGAUGUUAGUGAUGUAUUUGAAACUGAUAACUCGGUGUCACAACUACUGAAAGACGUAGUCCUUUAGUGAUGUUUUAUUUGAACUGAAGUAAUCCUGUUUAUUUUCCUAUAUAAGUAUUGGAAAAAUGUGCUUAUAAGUAGUGCUUUUAAGAACUUUCUUGAAAGUUCCCGGUAUUUAAAGGUAUGAGAUGAUGAAUCCUUGUUGAGUUUGCUGCUGCUGUGUUGCAAUAAAAAUGUAUGUUAACUUUUCUUUCCAAUGCUUCAACAAUAAAUUAUGUUCAGCCCUGUGAUAAGGUGUUGACUGAGGUAUGGAAAGUGUUGUUGAUGUGAUAUACUACCCUGGUGCGGGCUGUUCAUACUGGCAAUAGCUGUCACUAGUAAUACAACGCCUGGCAUGAAUUCUGGUAGAUUUUACAGGGCACAGUCAGUGGAUAAUUCCACACACUAGUUAAAGAGAUUCAUGUAAGUGUUUAUGAAAUGUUGGAAAUGUAAUGUUCACCAGAACACCGACGGUUGAAAGGUUUGUCUUUGUUGCAGCAAUCAAAACAGUUCUUUGUGAAAUAGUGCUCGCCUGUUUCUGUAAAGUGUGCAAAUGCAUGUUGUAGCUGAACUUUAACACUAGACAUAAAAUGUUCCUUAUAAAUUCCUGCCAUAUAGCUGGAAUAUUGCUGAGUGCGGCAUAAAACUAAACUCAACUCUUUAUAAAUUCAGUUUCUUUACGAAAUCUAAUUGAUUUGUUAUGUUAGUGAAGGCAGUUUUCAUAUGAUCUUGCUGCAGUAGAUGGUGCUUGUUAACAAUUUGUGGGAGAGGUUUCUGUGCAGACCUUCAUGUACACAGUAACUCAUGAUUAGCAUCCACCACCUUUGACACGGUGUCCAAGUCAGUGAAAACAAUGGAAUUUUUCGAAAGGUACAAAUCACUGAUAAGUGGUAAUACUGUCACGAAAGUAUUAUGUGUUGGCUUUGAAUGGUACUGAAUUAGACAGUAAAUAUGAUUUCAUAAUUGUUUUUCUGGAAGAUAUUUGGUGAAUUUGAGCUUGUAGUUUGAGCAGUGAAUAUUUGGAAAGUUUCCGUGAGGGGAACGUGUAAGCAGUUUGACUGAAUGUUGAAAGUAUGGUGCUCACACAUGCUGAAUGAUUCAUUUUUCAAAGACAAACUUUGCACAGAAUACCUCCUGCUGAUUCUGAUAUGAAUUUGUACACUCAAAUACAAUGUGAAAGGAAUUUUGUUGUUGGUGGCUAGCUCUGAUAUAAGGGAGACAACUCUAGCUGAAUGUUUGGAAAGGAAUAUUUUUGCCUUUAACUGUAGGCAGAGUGUUUUUAUAUGAAAUAUAUCAACCAUUUCUAUUUUUGCACCAAGAAUGACUUUAGCACCUGUAUAUCCACUAAUCAGAGGCUAUCAUGAUAUAAAUGUUGCUAAUUUUAUACUUGUCAGACCCUAAUGUCUUGGUGAAAUCACUUUCUGUACCAUAGUGUCAUGGUCAAAUAUAUUGUUGGAGUUUUUAUGAAGAAAAAUGGGUUCAUGAAGAGUAUUCUUUAAAUCAGACUCAAAAUGGCAUGGAACUGUGAAAAAACAAAGAUAUUAUUUGGCAUUCUUUCUUUACCAAUAGGUUUCUAAAUAUCAUGUUUUAAUUUGUGUGCUUCAAACAGGCCGAGAUAUUUAUUUAUUAAAAAUAAUUUAAUGAGGAGAUGAUAUACCAAGACAUUCCGGUUGAUGUAUUUAUCCAUUGUAGAUUCACAGGAUGUGAACAUUGGAAGAAACUGUGAUAGUCUAGUUGGUUUACUUAAACACUUGCUACGUUGUUACAUGUGUAUGAAUCAGUGGUUAGUUUAUGACAAUACAUUUUAAACAUUGUUGAAUUUGUUAAUAUGUACAUUUCUUGUAAAUAUUUCUGUGUAAAAUAGAACAUCUCUCAUCUUUAUAGGUCAUUGUUACCUCUUCUGAAGUUGAUCAAGAGUGAAACUCAAAGCAUUUAUUUCUGAAAUCUGACACUUUGUGAAACACUGGAUGCUGAGGUGACAGUGAUGGACAAAAUCAGGACGUGGGGGAGGUGUUUUGAACGCCCACAUUGUUUUGGCAGUUGCAGGUUGGUUUUGUCUACUCAUCGAUGUUAUUUUUCUUUUGUAUUUUCGUGAAGUCAAAUUUCUGUUAUUGUUCUAGAGGUUAUAUUUUUGUCUCCAAAAAACUUUGUAUCUUCCAGUUUGAUAGCGAACCAGUUCCUGGACUGUAUUUGAGGUUAUAAACAUAAAUGUGUUUGUCCUAGUUUGUUUCUGAUCACUUUAAAAGUUUGUCUGUUUACACACUAUCCCCUUCCACAAGUCCGCCUGUGGGGUGUACCCCUUAUAGAUGUAUGCCUUAUGUAACACUGGGAACUAUUGUUUAUGUGAGAUGUUUGACCCACAUUGCUUAUCUGUAGGUUGAAUGUGAUGUUACCGACUUCACCAGCUGUGUAUUUCUGUCUGACAAUGGUUUGUGUCCAAGUGGUCAGCUGUCAGACUGUCCUGGAGAUCUGUAUAUUUUCAUGUAUGAUGAUUUGCAUUUAUUAUCAGUCACAAGUCAGUCAUGUUUUGUAAAUUUGUCAUUUCAUUCCUUUGUUUUUAGAAAUAGCUUAGUUUAUCAUAAUGCACAAACGUUGCCAAUGUUUUACAAAAAAAACUCUUUGUAUUCUUUGAAUAUGUAUUUUAUCAAGAUUUUCGCCUGAAGAGGCACUUGUUUGGUUCUUAUUUCAUCAUGUCCAACAGAGACAAAAGUGUUUUCUGAGGAAGUAAAAUUUUCUUUUCUGAACUAAUGAAAUAAUGAUGUUUCCAAACAGUUAAGCUGAAAGUGUUAAUACUUUUUGAAGGCUCUAGAAACCGGAAGGCAUCCACAAAUUCAAAAUUCUGACACGACUUUGUGUACAUGCAUUUUUCAACAAUUUUGAGGUAUAAAAGUGUGUUCUUCAAGAAAUGCAGAUGAUGCUUAAAUGCCCUUAAGUGGAGGUGAAUCCAAACGUCUGUUACCCUACUAAAGUGAACACGGUAUGUAUACAGUUUGUUUUGUACAUAGUGUAUAUGUUGGUUCUGGGUCGCCACCAGAUGGCUCCAGAUGUCAAGGUCAGUGCAAGAUAAUAAAACAUGAUUGUACCAACUGUCA